AUGGCAAAUCUUAACUUCAAAACACCUAUGUUUAAGGUAAAGAUACAAAAACCUCGUAAUAAAAAAAAGAAGGUCAUCAAUAGUAGGAUUAUGCAUGAUGUUGCAAGUUCAGAAAAUAGAAAUAAUACCAAAGGAUAUUAUAAGUGUGAAGGUGUUAAUCUUUACAUGACUUCUGCUCCACCAUUGAAGAUACCUGAUCCUCCUAAGAAAUUAUUAAACUACCUUAAAAUACGUAGAAAUGACAACAUUAAUCUAAAAUGCACUCAAGGUAAGUUAGCUAAUGUAAAAGAGGUUGCGCAUUCUCCUAAAAAAAGGAAAAAAAUUAAUGAGUUCAUGGCAUACAGAAGUUACUAUUCAAGGUUUUCAAAUGGUUUAAUUCCCCAAUUGGAAUUAUCUAGGAUCUUAGCUGACUUAUGGCAUGAAAAUCCAGAAAUAAAAAGAACAUGGGAACUGUUUUCGGAACAAUACAAUAUAGAGCAGCCAAAUAAAAGUUUCCCCGAUUGGUUAGAAGAAAAAUACAGUGCUCAUUAUGUACUUCAGGAGAAACAAGAGGUAAAAGAAUUAAGGAAAAGUAACAUACAGCAACCAUAUGUGGAGGAUCUCUAUUUGAAUACUGCAAGUAAUGAUGCUGAAUUGGACAAUGUAUAUAAAUUUCAUGGCACAUGUAGUGCAGAUAAUGUUCAGUAUGCAGGAUCUGAUGAGGGAAUAUUCCUGAAUAAUUUACUUAGUGAUGCUGAUCUUUUCCAAAUAUUGGACGAAGUAUCAUCUUUUUAA